UAAGCCGACGUCGCCGUCCAAAAUUUGUCGCUCCGUCGUCAUCGUUAAUUUUGCAUCGGCAUCUAUAUCUGGUUUCAUUUUAAGAAAAAGAAAUUAAAGUGUAAAAAAUAUAUAAGAUGAGAAUUAAGUUUGAAUUGUUAUUUUUAUCAAUAUUUCUAUUGGGGCUAUUUAAUAAAUCCUGUGCAUACUUGGAAUUUGAUGGAUGGAUAAAUAUUGAAUUACAACAUGCCUUAAAUCCAAAUGAACAGGACAACUUUAUUUAUCGCGGUAAUGUAUCAGUUCCAAGUUUAAACUCGGGAUUGUUUAACAUUGCUCAAAAUGCGUUAACCAAGAAUGAUUUGGAAAAUCUUCGGGCUAUUUCAGUGUCUGAUGGAUUUUAUCGUUUAAAAGCAGUUGUGGAAUAUCCAAAUGGAUCAAAACGCACAUUUUUUACAGCAAACAAAGCAUGUAAUUUACUCAGUAGCCAAUUAAACGAUGAACUAUGGAUUUCUAUUGAUGCCAAUGGCUACGUUAACGCACUGUCUUUGUCAACUUCUGACGGAGAUUUUACGGAUUGUUCAAUGUUAGAUUUUUCCAAUUUGUCUACGACCAAAUUCAAUACAGAGGUGUUGAUUAAACAUACUGAACUUGCUCCAAUACCAGACACGGCAAGUUUUAUUCAAAAAAUUGAAAGAGAACGUGAAGCAAGAGAGCGUGGGGAAAAUAAAGACAACAGGGGAUUCUUUGCAAAAUAUUGGAUGUAUAUCGUUCCUGUUGUGCUGUUAGUAUUUAUAUCUGGAGCAACUAAUCCUGAACAACAAAAAUAAGUUUUGUAAUCUUAUAAAUACCAAAUAUACUAAUGGGUAUUUCCAUUUUAAAAUAUACAUAUAAAUAAAAAAAUUAGAAAAAUAA